UCCUCCUUCUCCUCCUCCAACAAACCCAUCCCCAACAUCGUCCACUACGUCUACAUCCUCUCCGAAAACACCACCGACUUCUCCUUCCGCUUCUCCGCCGUCCUCUCCGUCUGCGCGACCCUGAAAUACUGGCAACCCGACACCAUCUACCUCCACACCAACGCUCCUCCAGACUCCCUCGCCCGCGCCCGCUCCGGCGAAGCAGGAAAAUGGACCCAACUCAUCUUCUCCAUCCCCCAACUCACCAUCCUCCCCGCCGAACCCCCGCAUAACACCUCCCGCGGCAUCCCCAUCACACUCAUGGAACACAAAUCCGACUUUGUCCGCGUCGCCGCCAUCCGUAACUACGGCGGCACAUACAUCGACUUCGACGUCCACCCUCUAAAAGACAUCGCUCCUCUCCGCUCGUCCGGCUUCCAGGCCAUCGCAGGCCGCCAACAGGGCCGCAUGAUUUGCUCGGGAGUCUUCAUGACCCAACCCCACUCCCGCAUGAUCGAACUCUGGCACGAACUCAUGGACGCCUGGUUCGACGGCUCAUGGUCGAAGCACUCCAACUACGCCCUCACCAUUCUCGGACAACAACUCGUCGCCCAUCCCGGCACGAAAGACAUGCUCAUCGUGGAGCGGGACGCGUUCGCGCCGUGGAGUUGGACGCUGUCGGAUAAAACCCCUCUCCUUCAAGUCCACCGCGAUCAAGUCUCCGCUCUCGACCUGAUCGACGAAAACGGACAUCUUCCCGACUACCCCAUCUCCCCAUCUUCACCUCUAGAACAUUGGUCCGACUUGAACAAACUCCCUCGACGUCCCCCCUGGGCGAACGAUUGGGCCGCAUCGUAUAUGCUCCACGCGUUCUCUCACGAACAGGACAAUUUCGUGAACAUUCCCGGUUUCAGAGGGAUAUCCCCGAGAUAUGUGUUGGAGAGGAGGAGUAAUUUCGCGAGGGCGGUGUAUCCGGUUGCGAGGGAGUUGUACGAGAUGGGGUUGAUUGAGGUGGAUGAU